AGCUAGCGCGCCAAAUUGAUGAUACAAGAGAAGGGAGCGCAGAAAACAUCACUGAUUUGUUUUUAUGUUGUUAUUGAACCAACCUGUUAAAGCCUUGUAGACGCACAGGAGUAAACUCUUCGUAGGUCAGAUUUUGUCCUAACGUAUUUCCGGGUCACAGCAGCUCGCUCUUAAACGAUUAUGGGAUUGCUUGAGCGGUGCAAGGAGCUAUUCAACACCUCCAGCUUGUACGAGGUGCUGGGAAUAAACAAAGAGGCGACCGAAGCAGACAUCCGGAGGAGCUACUACAAAGUGUCGCUGAAAGUACACCCAGACCGGGCUCCUGAUGACGCACAGGCGACGGAGAAAUUUCAGGUGCUGGGAAAGUUGUAUGCAGUACUGAGUGACAAGGAGCAGAGGGCUGUUUAUGAUGAGCAGGGAGUGGUGGACGAAGAGUCUGAUGUUCUCAGCCAGGACCGCUGCUGGGAGGAGUACUGGAGACUGCUCUUCCCCAAGAUCACAGUGCAGGACAUUCUUGAAUUUGAGAAUACAUAUAAAGGGUCYGACGAGGAGCGGCAGGAUGUGAUCCGGCUUUACGUGCAGCACGAGGGGGACAUGGACGCCAUCGCGGCCUCGGCCCUCUGCUGCUCUCAGGAAGACGAGCCCAGGCUGUGCAGCAUCAUCCAGGCUGCGAUCAAGAGCGGGGAAGUGGAAGCCUUCAAAGCUUUUACUCAGGAGAGCGACAAGAAGAAGAAGGCUCGGAGGAAGAGGGCUGAUCGAGAGCGACAGGAAGCAGAGGAAAUGCAGAAAGAGAUGGGGCUUGGCGAUAAAGAUGAUAGUCUUGUUAUGAUGCUCAAGCAAAGACAGCAGUCCAGAGAGAAGAAUUUUAACAGUUUCCUGUCAGAUCUGGAAGCCAAAUACUCCCAAAAAAGUGCCAAACCCCCAAAGGGAAAAAAGACAAAGAAGUAAAUGUCAACAAAAUCCCUUUUUAUAAUAAAUAUUCUGACUUCAGUACAAACAAAAGCUUAACUGCUGUUUUCAGAAAUUCUCGACAUAAAAUCGUCCAUCAGUCUUGUUGGCUUCAAGUUUGACACAAAAAAAAUGUAAAUCUCCUUAUUUUUUCUGUAAUAUGUUGUAAAGGUUUUUGUUAUUAAUAAAUGCAUGUGUAUAUAUCA